CAGUAUGUCAGCAUCUCCUGAAUGCACUGCUAAAAUCAAUCUAAUCUAUGAAAUCAUUUUUCAUUUAGGAAUUGAAAUUUACAAUUUCUUAGUAGUAAUUUAAUUUUUUCAAUGGGUAAUUAUCAAAAUCAUUGUUAGUCAAAUGUAAAAGGAAUGUUGUACUGUUAUGAACAACAAUUCAUUUUAUCAAACAUCUAUUCACUUUCUGUGUACUUUAUAUACAAUGUUUUGUCCAGAAUAAAAUUUUCUGCAAGUUAUAUUUUAAAAAAUUGUAUCGGUUUUUUGGUGAAAUAAAUUUAUUAUUUCCCAAAGAUGAAAACAAGUGUUUUUUCACUCCACUUUUUGCAUUUGACACUGGUUUUCUCAAAACUGCUGAACUUACAGUUCUAGGAUCAGUUUUACUCAAUUUAUCAGGUCAAAAACCGUAAGAAACCAUUAAAUUUGCCCCUUAAUCUACCUUACCAGAAUUUCAGGAGGACCUUGUUCUACAUGAAAUCUUUCGCUGACCGUAAUCACUAAUUAAGCAUUUCCGAACCCAAGUUCAUAUAAACUUUCUUCACUAUUAUUAUAUGUAGAAUUAAAUCCCAUAGUUUGUGCAUAUCUUCAUGAAUUAUCCUUAUAACAUUCAAACACCACUCUGUAUGGUACAUAGAAUCUAAAGUUUUCUUCAUAGCCUUAAAUUACAUCUUAUUUAUUAUAAUUCUUUACUAUUAAUGAAUUUCAUAUUUUAAUCUGAGGAUUAUUGUAAAUAAUUACUUGAAAUGUAUUUUUUGUUACGAAGCUCCAUAAACAAAACAUAACCUGUAAACAAAAGCAAAUAGUAUAUAACAUAUUAAUUUUCCCAAAAUCUGCAUCCAAAUAAUACAUAUGGUGGAUAGAGAAUGUAAACCAGUUUUGUUUGUUCCUAUAAAACUUUCUUGUCGUCUAUCUCCAAGAUAUGAAGAGUAACCAAACAGUUUAUCUUGAGGGCGAUGUCUAUUAUCUUAACUGAAGAAAACAUGUCAUUCAGCUUGAUAAGAAUUGACAGAAGAAACACAAUGAGUGAAACAGUCAUUUCUGUAUAAGAAAAUGGGUCUACUUAUGGGAAGUCUUCUUCUAGAGCUCUUUUGUCUAGUACCUUUAUUAAUAUAUUUUUUCUAUAAAUAUCACACAAAGAACUACAACUACUGGAAAAAUUUAGGAGUUCCCUACAAGGAAGGAACUUUUCCAUUUGGUUCAAUAAAGGAACUUACUUUACGAAAGGCACAUGCGGCGGAAGCUUACAAUAAAGUUUACAAGGAAUUUCAAGGUGAACGCUUUUUUGGACUGAUAGAAAAUGGAAAACCAUCACUUGUAAUAAGAGAUCCUGAACUAGUAAAGCAAAUCUUAGUAAAGGACUUUCAACAUUUUGUGGACAGAUCACCUUUAAUAGUGAUACCGAAGGAUGGGAUCAGUCGAAAUUUGGCUUUGUUAAGUGGAAAAGAAUGGAAGAACAUGAGACAUAAGCUGACCCCAACAUUUACCUCUGGAAAAAUGAAAAUGAUGUUUAUCUUAAUGGAAAAGUGCAGUGAACAGCUUAAAGAGUUCCUGGUUGCAAAAGUGGAAGAAAAUAAACCGAUAGAUGCUAAAGAUUUAUUGGGUAGGUUCACAAUGGAUAUUAUUGCUGCUUGUGCGUUUGGUCUUGACUCGAAUUCUUUGCGUGGAAAUUCAGAAUUUGUUGAAAAACUGGGAGGCCUAAUGAAAUCAUCUAGACCUCCUUUCAGUGCUCAAAUGAUUUUGAUGUUUGUGCCUGAACUACUUCUGCGCAUCAUCCCUGUGAAGCUGACUAAGCCUGAGGUGAGAGAGUUUCUCCUCAAUGUGGUACGAGACGCAGUGGCGUACAGAGAGAAAAACAACAUCACAAGGAAUGAUUUUCUUGACUUGCUCAUCAAAAUCAGAAACAAUAAGAGUGUUGAUGAUGACAUUAAAUCUGCUGGUAAUACUACAUCAGAGAGUGAGUCAGGAGUAGGGCUUACUAUAGAGGAGAUGACAGCCCAAGCAUUUGUGUUCUUCAUAGCCGGGUUCGAAACAGCAUCGUCAGUCAUGUCGUUCUGUCUGUUUGAGCUGUCCCGCCACCAAGACAUACAGGACUCUGUGUACGCAGAACUGCAGGAGGCUCUGAAGAGAAAUGGAGGAAGCAUCAACUAUCAAAUGUUGAUGGAGGUUCCCUUCCUCGAACAGGUUAUCAAUGAAACUUUGCGCCUGUAUGGAUCAGUGCCUACUUUAACUCGCUGUUGCACACAACGUUACCAUAUACCUGAUUCCAACGUAGUCAUGGAGAAAGGCCACAGAGUUAUCAUCCCCUCGUACUCCUUCCACCACGACCCUCAGUAUUAUCCAGAUCCAUACGAGUUCAAACCAGAAAGGUUUGCUCCAGAAAACUCAAAGGAAAGACAUCCCUAUGUGUUUCUACCAUUUGGAGAAGGACCUCGAAACUGCAUUGGAAUGCGAUUCGGGCUGAUGCAAACAAAACUUGGGUUGGCAACAGUGAUUCUCAACUUCAAAGUCCAUCUUGCUCCAGAACAAGAAAUUCCAAUCAAAUUCAGCACCACUUCCACUGUCACUCAACCUGAAAACGGAGUAUUGCUCAAUUUCAUUGCAAGAACUGAGGUUUCUUAAUGUAAAAAAUAUUCUUGUGCAAGAAUGGCAUGUUCUUGUGUUUGCAUGUAUUGUGCAAAAUAUUGGUGUGAUUGACAAGUCACACAUUCGUAACAAUUUUAGUACUUACAUUUUCUCCUGUACAAAAUUUCAUGAGUAUUUAACAGUUUAAAUAAUAUUUAUGGAGAGUUUUACCUGAUUAGUACUUUUUAGGGCUUUUACAUUUUAUUUAUAAGUACCGUAGGCUAAUUACUCUUCUGAAAUUUCCAAAUGUUCUCUAUGUGAUGAUUUCAACAGAUAACAUAUAAAAGGUUUCCUGAAUACUGAAAUUUGUCAUAAUUAAAUUAAUAUGAAACAACAAAUAAACAAACAACUUAUCUAUACAGUAUACAUAUAAUAUACAGUAUACAAUAUCUUUAUAUUGGCAAAGUUAUCCUAAAUAUCAAUUAUUCCAGUUUAAUCAAAAAUAUUUUUCUGAUUAAAUGUUAAAUAUAAAAUAUGAGAACUCUAAAUUCCACUCCAGAUUGUAAAGUCCAGUUUUUUUUUUUUUUUUUUUUUUUUUUUUUAUUAAUACAUGAGCACUUUAUUCAAUUCAAUUAAAUUACAGAUGUAGUACUUGUAUCAGCUGAGCUGUUAAAUGAUACAGCAGACAAUAUCUCCUUGAUCCUACAUUUUAAUUAAAGAAAACUGUAUACUUGUUAUAAGGUAGUGGCUGUACACAAAAUAAGAAUAUUUAGAAUAUAAUAGAAAAUCUUUAAGGAAGGACAUGCAUGAUUAAAGUUUUUAUAAAGUAUUAUUGAUUAUUCAAAUGUCCUCAAUGCUGAUCACUGUACUGUAUUGAUACAAUGACCAUGACACCUAACCUCAAAAUAUUGAUGAAGUAGAUCUUCAAAAAAUUGACCAAAGAUUUCAAACUUUACCUUGCAGUCUGUAGUAAGAAGUUCAAUAAAUUUUCUAAAUUCAAAUAAUUCUAAAACCACAAUAAAGCUAUAGUUAGUUAACAUACUCAAAGAAUUAGUUAUGGAUUUCUAACUUAUGGAUCUACCUCCUUCAUUACAGUAUUUGUAUUGCUUGUAAAAAUAAAUAUUUAUUUAUUUAUAAGUAA